GAGGGAGACCGAGCCUGCGUUCUGAGUCCUGGCGUCCUCGGCAUGGGUUCCUGGCUCCUACUCCCGUCGCUGCUGUGGUUCCUCUCCAGCCCCAGGCUUCAGCUAGGAAAUGCCCAGGCUCCUGCCAUGGUGCAGCUGCCAGGAGGGCGAUUUUUGAUGGGGACAGAUGCUCCAGAUGGCAGAGAUGGUGAAGGGCCUGCCCGGGAAGUGACAGUAAAAUCCUUUGCAAUUGAUGUAUUUCCAGUCACCAAUAAAGACUUCAGGGAGUUUGUCAGGGAGAAAAAAUACCGGACUGAGGCUGAGGCAUUUGGAUGGAGCUUCGUCUUUGAGGAUUUUGUCUCCCCUGAGCUCAGAAACCAAGCAAGUCAGAUGCCGUCUGUUCUCUGGUGGCUGCCAGUGCAAAAGGCAUUUUGGAGGCAGCCUGCAGGUCCCGGCUCUGGCAUCCGAGAGAAACUGGAGCUUCCGGUGGUGCACGUGAGCUGGAACGAUGCUGCGGCUUACUGCGCUUGGCGGGGGAAGCGGAUGCCCACCGAAGAGGAGUGGGAGUUUGCAGCCCGAGGUGGCUUGAAGGGCCAGGUUUAUCCGUGGGGAAACUGGUUCCAGCCAAACCGCACCAACCUGUGGCAGGGAAAGUUCCCCAAGGGUGACAGAGCUGAAGAUGGUUUUCACGGACUGUCACCAGUGACUGCUUUCCCCCCACAGAACAAUUAUGGACUAUAUGACCUCCUGGGCAAUGUGUGGGAAUGGACAGCAUCCACAUAUCAAGCUGCUGGCCAGGACAUGCGCGUCCUCCGGGGGGCAUCAUGGAUUGACACAGCAGAUGGCUCUGCCAAUCACCGGGCUCGAGUCACCACCAGGAUGGGCAACACUCCAGAUUCAGCCUCAGACAACCUGGGCUUCCGCUGCGCUUCCAGUGCAGGCCGAAGGCUGACGGAGGAUCUGUGAGCGCUCAGAUAGGGAUGGAGGAAGCCCCGC